AUGAGCGCCCUACUUGAAACCUCUCUGGGCGACAUCGUCAUCGACCUGCUUGUCGAUGAUUCCCCCCGCGCCUGUGAAAACUUCCUAAAGCUGUGCAAACUCAAGUACUACAACUUCUCCCCCGUACAUAGCGUCCAAAAAAACUUCUCCUUCCAGACCGGCGAUCCCCUGGGCCCCGAUGCCCCCGAAAGCGAUGGCGGCUCCUCCGUCUGGGGUGUCCUCGGCGGCCCUGCGAAGAGGACAUUCCCCGUCGAGAUGCCCCCGAAACUCAAGCACACCGAUCGAGGCACCGUGAGUAUGGCGACGGUGCCCGCACCCAAUGAUCCGGACGAGCGCCUUGCCGGUAGCCAGUUCUUGAUUACACUCGGAGAUAACCUGGACUAUCUGGAUGGGAAGGCGGCGAUCUUUGGCAAGGUCGUCGAGGGGUUUGAUGUCUUGGAGAAGAUCAAUGACUCUUUCAUCGAUGACCGGGGUCGGCCCCUGAAGGACAUUCGAAUCCGUCAUACAGUUGUGCUGGAUGAUCCCUUCGAUGAUCCUGCUGGUCUGGUGGAACCGCCGGAGAGUCCUGUGCCCUCCAAGGCGCAAUUGGAUACGGUGCGCAUCGCAGACGAUGAAGAUCUGGACGAUGACAUGGAUGAAGAGGCCAUGGAGAGACUGCGCCGGGAGCGUGAGGCUCGCGCCCAGGCUUUGACUCUGGAGAUGGUUGGUGACCUUCCAUUCGCCGAUGUCAAGCCUCCGGAAAACGUGCUUUUUGUCUGCAAAUUGAACCCAGUCACGCAAGACGAGGACCUCAACCUCAUCUUCAGUCGCUUCGGCACCAUCCUAUCCUGUGAGGUCAUUCGCGACAAGCGCACGGGUGACAGUCUGCAGUAUGCGUUCAUCGAGUUCGACAACCAGAAGGAUUGCGAACAAGCCUACUUCAAGAUGCAAGGAGUGCUGAUUGACGACCACCGCAUUCACGUCGACUUCUCGCAGAGUGUACGUCAUACCCCUCUUCCUCUCGAUGCUAAAGCUAAUCCAAUCCAGGUCUCCAAGUUAUCUGAGAGCUGGCGCAAUGCCACUGUCACCAAGCGCAAGCAGCGAGGUGGCUUCGGUGGUGUCGCAGACCUCGAGCAGAAACGCCAGUACCGAGACUCCGAUUACGAUCGAGUGGAGGAGGACGAUGGUUCCUACGGGAUGAUGUUCGACAAGCGCAAAGAGAAAGAGAAACAAAAAAACCAGUCGUCAGGUCCUCCUCCCCGCCAGCGCAGUCCUCGCCGAGACUCACAUCGCGGUCGACGAGGUAGUCGCAGUCCCCGUGGGGAGCGAGAUAGAUACCGUCGGCGAUCGCACAGUCGGAGUCCUCGAAGAGACUCACGGCGGGACCGGGACCGACAACGUGACCGGGGCGAUAGGGAUCGGCGAUGA